AUGUCAUUAAAGUCAGUUUCGCAUAUUACGGAAACACACAUUAGAUUGGCCGGUAGUCGGUCAGGCCGGACAGAUGGUUACAAAACGGUUGAUUAUACCCUGGUAGUACGCAUGGAGUGCUCAUUUGCGGGCUUAAGCCGAACCUUGUUCCCCAUGUCUGUUCGAUCGGUUUUAUUGUGUUUGCAGUUUAUUGCUCUGGUCGAAACAUUAAUUAUUGAGCUUCCUUAA